CCCGGGAAGCGCAUCCCAGGCUUGCGCUCGUCUCAGGUUUUCCUCUUCAGAACCAGCUGUGAGCUGAAGAGCAGGGGGCGAGUCCGGGGUCCCCUGAUCCCCUGUAGGUUCUUAGCGGCGUCUACCCUCGGGACAGCUGCUAAAGUCGCAGCGCCUGUGGGCGAGCUGUUCUUCCCUUUCUUCCUUGCCACUCGGGCUGGCCCCGGAGAUUCAGAGUUCUGCAGAAGGGACCUGAGCUGCGGCGCUAGGAUGGGAAACAGUGCCCUUCGCGCGCAUGUGGAAACCGCGCAGAAAACUGGUGUCUUUCAGCUGAAGGACCGAGGGCUGACCGAGUUCCCUUCAGAGUUGCAGAAGCUGACGAGCAAUCUCAGGACCAUCGACUUAUCCAACAACAAGAUCGAGAGCCUACCGUCCAUGAUUAUAGGGAAGUUCACUGUGCUGAAGAGCCUUUCCUUGAACAACAACAAACUAACUGUUCUUCCUGAUGAGUUAUGCAAUCUGAAAAAACUAGAGACGCUAAGCCUAAACAACAAUCACUUGAGAGAGCUGCCAUCUACCUUUGGACAGCUGUCUGCCCUCAAGACCCUGAGCCUCUCUGGGAACCAGCUGCGAGCACUACCACCCCAACUUUGUAGCCUGCGGCACCUGGAUGUGGUGGAUCUUUCCAAAAACCAGAUUCGGAGUGUGCCUGACAUAGUGGGGGAGUUGCAGGUCAUCGAACUCAACCUCAACCAGAACCAGAUAUCUCAGAUCUCAGUAAAGAUAUCCUCCUGUCCUCGCCUUAAAGUUCUUCGCCUAGAAGAGAACUGCCUUGAGCUCAGCAUGCUUCCACAGAGCAUCCUCAGUGAUUCCCAGAUCUGUCUGCUUGCUGUGGAAGGCAACCUUUUUGAAAUAAAGAAACUUCGAGAACUAGAAGGUUAUGAUAAGUACAUGGAGAGGUUCACGGCCACCAAGAAGAAGUUUGCAUGAUGUUCUCCAAAAGCACGGGAAUCCUUAUAGGACAUUGAUUUGGAACCUGUUGCAAUCUGGCUGAAUCAAAGGCUUCUGUUGUUGUCAAGGAUAUCUGCAGUAAGGAGCUGAUACUCCAGGACAUUCUACUUCACUUGACAGGAAUUCUCUGUUUGAAUCACGAAUAGGGCAAUGGACGUGGUUGAUCUUCAAAAUCAUCAUUAGGUUUGGUUUUAAGAAACCAGUAGCUAGUUGCUAUUUAUACAGUGAGGGGAUGGUGUCUGAUAAUAGAAGAGCUCCACACCACAGCUUGAAAUGUCAUGUUUAGUUUCAAUGAGUGAGCGUUCAUAAAAUCAGCUGCCAUCCCACCUCUGUGUUAACAUUUCACAUUUUUAUGAAAUUCAAAUAACU